CGCGAUGUAGACGGCCGGGGGUGGGAGACACCCGGGCGGGAGGCAGCCCGGCAGGCCGCCCGGAGGAGGAGGGAGCCGGGGGUUAGGGAGCCCCGGGGGUCCGGACACAAACACAAGCUCGCACGCACCUGUCCAAGCCGGCCCGGAGCCAUGGUCCGAAAGCCGGCCGUGUCCACUUUGUCUCCCGGAGGCUACCUGCAGGGCGAUGCGAGGGGCCGGCUGCCCGCCCUGGGCAGCACCGGGCCGGAGAAGGUUGUGCUGAAGAAGAAGAUCACCCUCCUCAGAGGGAUCUCCAUCAUCAUUGGCACCAUCAUCGGUGCGGGCAUCUUCAUCUCGCCCAAGGGGAUCCUGAAAAACACAGGCACCGUGGGCAUGUCGCUCGUCGUCUGGACAGUCUGCGGGAUCCUCUCGCUCUUUGGUGCACUCUCCUACGCCGAACUGGGAACAAGCAUCAAGAAAUCUGGGGGUCACUACACCUACAUUCUCGAGGCCUUUGGCCCGCUCCCGGCCUUCGUCAGGGUCUGGGUGGAGCUGCUCAUCAUUCGCCCCGCUGCCACGGCGGUCAUAUCUCUGGCCUUCGGACGCUACAUCCUGGAACCGUUUUUCAUUCAGUGUGAAAUUCCAGACCUAGCCAUCAAGCUGAUCACGGCCAUUGGCAUCACCACAAUCAUGGUGCUCAAUAGCAUGAGCGUCAGCUGGAGUGCUCGCAUCCAGAUCUUCCUCACCUUCUGCAAGCUGGUGGCCAUUUUGAUUAUCAUCGUCCCCGGCGUCAUGCAGCUGGUCAAAGGACAAACCCAGCACUUUAAAGAUCCGUUCACAGGAAGAGAUGCCAGUAUUAUGGGGUUGCCCCUGGCCUUCUAUUCCGGCAUGUACGCCUAUGCCGGCUGGUUCUACCUCAAUUUUGUAACCGAAGAGGUGGAGAACCCCGAGAAAAACAUCCCCCUGGCCAUAUGCAUCUCGAUGGCCAUUGUCACCGUGGGAUACGUAUUAACCAACGUGGCCUAUUUCACCACCAUCAGCGCCGAGGAGUUGCUGCUUUCAAAUGCAGUGGCGGUGACCUUCGCCGAGAGGCUGCUGGGAAACUUCUCACUCGCGGUCCCCAUCUUCGUCGCCCUGUCCUGCUUUGGCUCCAUGAACGGCGGUGUCUUCGCUGUGUCUAGGUUGUUUUACGUGGCCUCCCGGGAGGGGCACCUGCCAGAAAUCCUGUCCAUGAUCCACGUACGCAAGCACACCCCUCUGCCGGCCGUCAUCGUCCUGCACCCUCUGACGAUGAUCAUGCUCUUCACCGGCAACCUCUACGGGCUCUUGAAUUUCCUCAGUUUCGCCAGAUGGCUUUUUAUUGGACUGGCGGUCGCCGGGCUCAUCUACCUCCGAUACAAGCGGCCAGAGAUGCCGCGUCCUUUCAAGGUGCCACUGUUCAUUCCGGCUUUGUUUUCUUUCACCUGCCUCUUCAUGGUGGCGUUAUCACUCUACUCUGACCCCUUCAGCACAGGCAUCGGCUUUCUGAUCACCUUGACCGGGGUGCCCGCCUAUUAUCUUUUCAUCAUCUGGGACCAGAAGCCCAAGUGGUUUAGAAGACUGUCAGAGUCCAUCACCAGAACGCUGCAGAUCAUCCUGGAGGUGGCACCGUCCGAGGCCGGACAGAAGCUCUGAUGUCCCGUUGCCUGGGCUCGGCGCUCUCGCCCCGGGGACCUCUUGGGAAAGAAGAGGGUGAGGAGCCUGGCCCCUGCCUGUUGGGACAUCGGAGGUUAGCCAGCACGGAUCUCACUUGCAGCUAAGAGAAUCAGUGACUCUAGUCGUAGUUUGCUUUCAUGGCCCAGCCCAGCAGAAAAUGGGCGGGCAUAGAUCUUAGUCCAUGCCCAGGAGCGAGCUGGCCCUCCUGUCCCAGCUGACGUCAUCCCCGGGCAUAACAGAUGCCCAUCCUUCUGGAAGCUAAAAAUGAGAAACAAUUCCCCCAUGGUCUCCCCUGGGCAGGUUCCCCAGGCGGCCCAGCAGAGCAGAUCAUCGUGUCUUCAGUUGAAGACCGUCGGGCAUUUUCUGCCAGUGGCCAUUCGGGGAGGCGCUUUUCAGGGCGGUUGCCCCACCUGCCACAGUGGGGAGCGGCUCUUAGGGAGAGACAUGCACACCCUCUUGGCCCUUGCCAAUAGCCUGGAGCCCUUCAUUACCCAGCUGGCAGAGCUGCGCUCUGAACCUGCCACCAAAUCAUUCAACCGACACCUCGUCUGAGGUCGGAAGGGCACGCCAGCCUCCAGAAGUCGUGGGUGGGGAGGGCGGCUUUGUGGGCACCGUCCAUUCGGCCUAGGCGUUCAACUGUCCCCGAGACUUUGUCAGGGUAAGAAUUUGAUGCAAAAUUGGGGAAAUCACUGGAUCUUGAGCAAGUAAAAGGCAAGGACUGAACGUCCUUAGAAAAUUCAGAAUUACUAGUGGCUGCAUGAAUCUGGGAAUCUUUGGAGCUUUGUCCUUCCGAAAACCAGACCAUGUACCAUGGAAAGGGCCACAAGAAAUAGCUUUUCCCCGGGAUCCCAGGGCUGCCAUCGCCCACUCUCAACUGAGAUCACUGCCUGGGGUGAUUCAGAGCUGAGCCGCUGAACCUGUGACAACUGUCACUCCACCAGCUGAGUGUCAGGGCCAAACCAUUUUUGGCUCUGUCACUCUCUUACCUGUGACAUUUUGUCUCAUCGCAGCCACUGUUCAGGUCAGUACCCUGAAACCUUGUGGAAAGGUUUUGCAUCCUCCUAGUUAUUUCUAUGUUGGAAUGAUUCUGCAAGCUCACUUUAGGUGCAUGCCUUUUUAGGGGCUCUUCCACAAAAUCUAGUCAGAUGAGUUAUCUAACACUGCAAAAGGUUUUCACGAAAUUCUGAUUGGCUCUGGGGAAAGAUUAAUCCGAAUUUUGAUUGUAUUUCUACUAAUUUGAGGAACUACUGAGGAUUUCGUUUUAGCCAUCGUCACUGUGUAGAGAAAAACGAUAUGAUUGAUUUGUUUCAGAAGGGUUCUGCAUGGUGUGUGUGUGUGUGUGUGUGUGUGUGUGUGUGUGUGUGUAUGAGAGAAAGAGAGAUUUUUAAGUGAUAAAUCCAGCAAUGAAUUUGUCGUAUGCCUUUGUGAUCAAAUUUCGAAAGAUGGAACCGAGUCCAAUUCUGGCCUGUUGCUCUCUUUGUGGGAAUGCCAUCGGCUCUCGGAGUGGGAUCCUGUUGAAGAAGUCCACUGUAAAAGUGACAAGGAGCCACUGAUAUCAGAGGGAUGCCUACGUCUCCCUGAAAGGGCAGGGGUUUGACAGGGCUCCCGUUAUGACUGCAAAUCAGUUUUGAAGACAGGCAUCCUCCGGCUCUGAGCGGAGACCCAAAGCUGCCCUUCCUCACUUCCCCUUCUUCAGGUGCCCAGGGUCCUCGGCCGAUGAAAAAGGGCUCUCCUUCCACCUCCCAUUUUGCUCAUCUUGGGGCUUUGGCCCUUUCCCUCCCUCACCCCCGAUACUGCUUCCUCCACACAUUCAGGUUUGAGCCCCUGACGGGGGCCAGGUUACUGGACCUGCAAUCGGAGAGGCACGUCCAGCUCUGAAGCCGGCGGCAAGGGGUCCCUAUACUGGACAUUCCUCUAACAAGCCCUGCUUCCUCACCACGGGAAUCUACUACUAGAAUCUACUCAGGCACCCCCAUUAGAUCUCUCUGACCGAGUUCAUUAGAAGUGCAACGACUAGCCCAGAAAAGCUCAAAGAGGCCAGCAAGGAGAAAACAGUCAAUCAAUGUUACUGAUUGGGCACUUAAGGUGUGCAGAGCACUAUACUAAGUGCUUGGGAAAGUACAAA